AUGGCGACCGACUUUAAGCGCGGUGAUACCGGCAUCAAUACCGCCGAGGGCCAAAUAUCGGGUCCCCGGGCGGCACGACUUGCGAAGCAGCGACUGGAGGACCAGAAGGACUACGAGAGCAAACGACAGAAGAUACAGGAUGAGUAUCACCGGGGCGCCCUCAAGAUCGACGACAAGUUCGGGGGCAGCGCGACGGACCAGUACGAGGCAAUGUUUAAGGCAACCACGGUGGGUUUAGUGACAGCCGAUGAGUUCAAGAAGGCGCGCGUCUUGGCCGAGACCGGCGUCGGGGACAAGGAAGGCGGUGGCUCCGGAGCCGCUGGAGGGGAGGGCGGCGAUAGCGCGGGCGGGGCAGAGGACGCCGCCGCGAGAAAAAAGAAGAAGAGAAAGAAGAAGAAGCUCAUCUCCACGCUUUCCUUCGGGGAGGAGAUCGAGGAGGACGACCAGGGGGAGGGCGGCGGCGAUGCGGAGCCACCGUUGAAGCUCGGAAAGAAGAAUCCAAACGUGGAUACGUCGUUCCUGCCGGACCGGGAGAGGGAGAAGGGCAUGAGGGAUCAGAGGGAGAAGCUCAAGAAGGAGUGGAUCGAGGAGCAGGAAAAGCUGAAGAUGGAGCGGUUGGAGGUUACAUACAGCUACUGGGACGGGUCCGGCCACAGACGGGAGAUCGUGCUGAACAAGGGCAUCACCGUGGGCAAGUUUCUUGAGAUGGUCCGACAGCAGCUGUCCCAGGACUUCAGCGAGAUGAGGAGCGUAAGCUCGGAGAAUCUGCUGUACAUCAAGGAGGACCUCAUCAUCCCGCACCACUUCUCGUUUUACGACUUGAUAGUCACCAAGGCCAGGGGCAAGUCGGGCCCCCUCUUCCACUUCGACGUCCACGACGACAUCCGGUUGGUGCACGACACGCGCAUCGAGAAAGACGAGAGCCACCCCGGCAAGAUCGUGGAGCGACGGUGGUACGAGCGAAACAAGCAUAUCUUCCCUGCGAGUCGAUGGGAGACGUACGAUCCCCAGAAGGACUACGGCACUUACACGAUCCACGGUGGCGAGGUCAACGAGAAAUAGAGCAACGCCCGAUUGGACUGUCAGUAAUCAGGGUGGGGGCGACGCGGUGUGCUGGAGCAUCCAGCACAUUUACAUGCAUUCUCGCGGGAGAGUGAGGGGAAACCUAUCGAGAGCGGGCAUCAUCACAGGCGUCUAGCGUUGGCGUAUGCUUUUCGCUGCCCAAAAGCUCAAGAGGUUAGCGCUGCAUUUUGCACCCUAUUCACUGCUUGGGCGCAUACUGCACCCCCUGCCGGCCGUUCGGCGGUGCUGUGAAAGUUUUUACCGCUAGUGUGCACAUCGUUGGAGUCCUUGGCGUUAUUAUCAAUGACGUCGUCAAUUAUUUUUUCAUUUCGUUGCGGACGGCCUCAAUUUCAGUACUCCGUUGAAAGUUGACGUUAUUUUUGGGGUGCUACUGCUAAUUCGAGGUGGCUCCUCGCAGCGGGGUUAGGUCCAUGCAGGCUGCCUAGUCGAUAGAUUCGCUGCUUGCAGGGCUACUCUGUUACCGUAAAUA